GCGAACGGGAACGGGAAAGCCCGGAGGUUUUUCUGACUACGCCCGUGAGUGUCGUGUUUUAUGCGGUCUGUUGAGGAUAGAAUGUAACAGCUGUCACAUAUUCGCUGCAAAGAACGGCUAAUUAAAUACAGUCCAUCGUCGGAGCAGAUUACUGUGAAAGCGAGAAACUUCAUCCCCAGCCGUCGCUUUUGAUCAAUCAUGGCGCACGAGGAUCUUCCAAUCGCUUUCUACUCGUCUCUGGACCCUGUCUAUGGCGAUGGGUCACUGCUCGAGGAGGCGCAGAUCCGGUUCCAGACCGUCAAGGCGAAGUUCGUCGAGCUCUUCGGCCGUGAGCCACAACUCUACGCUCGAUCACCAGGUAGGGUUAAUUUAAUCGGCGAGCACAUCGAUUAUGAGGGUUAUUCGGUGCUUCCGAUGGCUAUUCGGCAAGAUACGAUCGUGGCCAUUGGGAAGCGUGAUGCCGGCGAGUCGAGCAAAGAGGUUAGGAUUGGGAACGUGAACCCGAAGUACUCUGUGUGUACUUACCCUGCUGAUCCUCAUCAGGAAGUUGAUUUGAAGAAUCACAAAUGGGGCCAUUAUUUUAUCUGUGGAUACAAAGGCAUAUAUGACUAUGCUAAAUCUAAAGGAACAGACUUUGGUCUACCCUUUGGCCUUGAUGCAGUUGUUGAUGGGACUGUGCCAACAGGGUCUGGUCUUUCCAGCUCUGCUGCUUUGGUCUGUUCAGCAACGAUUGCUAUAAUGGCUGUUCUUGAUAAUAAUUUCCCAAAGAAAGAAAUUGCUCAACUUACAUGUGAAUGUGAACGGUACAUUGGAACACAAUCUGGUGGUAUGGAUCAGGCGAUAUCCGUCAUGGCAAAAACUGGAUUUGCUGAGUUGAUAGAUUUUAAUCCUAUACGUGCUACUGAUGUGAAAUUACCAGAUGGUGGAACUUUUGUAAUUGCACAUUCUCUUGCGGAAUCUCAGAAAGCUGUGACAGCUGCAACAAACUACAACAAUCGUGUUGUAGAAUGUCGCUUGGCAGCGAUUGUCCUUGCCAUAAAGUUAGGGAUGGCUGCAAAUGAUGCCAUCUCCAAAGUGAAAACACUGUCCGAUGUUGAGGGGCUAUGUGUAUCCUUUGCUGGUAAACAUGGAUCUUCAGAUCCUUGUUUUGCUGUUAAGGCACACUUGAAGGAGGAGCCUUACACAGCAGAAGAUAUUGAGAAGAUCAUAGGAGCGAAUCUUACAUCCAUUUUUGCAAACUCACUGUCAUCACUAGAUGUCCUAAAGGCUGCUCAACAUUUUAAGAUUUUUCAGCGUGCUUCACAUGUUUACUCGGAAGCGAAGCGUGUCUAUUCAUUUAGAGAUGUUGUCUUGUCAAAGCUCAGUGAUGAUGAUAAGCUUAAGAAGCUUGGUGAACUAAUGAAUGAGAGCCACAGUAGCUGCAGUGUAUUGUAUGAGUGCAGCUGCCCGGAGUUGGAAGAACUUGUAAAGAUUUGUAGAGAUAAUGGAGCACUUGGAGCAAGGCUUACAGGUGCUGGUUGGGGUGGCUGUGCAGUUGCUCUGGUGAAGGAAAGUAUCGUUCCUCAGUUCAUUCAAAAUGUGAAGGAGUCAUUUUACAAGUCGAGGAUUGAGAAAGGAGUCAUCAGAAAGGAUGACAUCGGUCUUUAUCUGUUUGCAUCAAAGCCGUCAAGUGGUGCAGCGAUUUUGAAGUUCUAGGUUUUCUUCGAUUGCUUGUCUCUAGUAAUUUUAUGCUACCAGUGAAGGCCUAAUUGUUAUUGAUUUUAUGCUAGUUUCCAAUUUGUUACAAUAAGUUCUAUUGACAAUCCUGUAUAAGCCUUAAGAAACUGGAAAUUUUCCUUUCCUCAAGAAAUACCAGACGGAUAACACAUUCCGUAUUGGAUUAGUUUCAUGAUGUUUCCAUCCAUCAAGACAAUCUGAUCUCCAAAUCAGUUUUUGAUCA